AUGCCAGAGCAGUUGACACGUCCGGUGAAACGCUCCUCCACCUCCCCCUCCACAGCCAACACCCGGCCACAUAAACGACACUGCACCUUCUCUGCCAUCUCUGAGGUGGGCCAGGGAGAGAGAGAGACCAAGGUGCUGGAGUCAACAAUGAGAGGAUGGUAAGGGUGGGUCAGGAGUGCUACACUGUAUAUUGGUAGAUGAGGAGUGUUGUGAAGUUAGGGGGUUGUUUCUCUUCUGACUAGUAUUCAUACUCUCAGUAACAGCACCUGCAGAAGAGGACACACUCUCUGUGUGAGGUGGAACAACAGCUAGGUGGGGAUGGUAUCAAUGCAGAACUAGUUAACAAUAGUAAACAGUUUCACAAUCACAAUUACAUGGUCCUGUAAAUUAAAAUGACCGUUGCAUUUUAGGUGCAUGCCCUACCGACUGUGACAGGGAGACAUCAAGGCUUGAAGUACAUCACAGUUGACACAGUAAGUGUAAUGAGAUGUAGUGCUGUUCCUAACAUAGUGCAUGUUACAUUUGCAGGAAGAUACAUUAUAUCAAAAAAUGCUUAAUUCUCUCAUUGUCCCAGAUGAGUGCUCUUCUGGAAGGGAAGUUCAGCUGCUUGGUUGAGUAUUUUUCCGUGGUGGACUGCUGUUAUCCAUAUGAGUAUCAGGGAGGACACAUUAAGGUGAUAGAUCAACAGAAUAAUUCCCUGGACAGUGCAAUCUUUGUUUAUAUCAAUGUGGAGUGUGAACCGAGUGUGUUCGUCUGAGUUAGUGUUAUCCCUCUCAUCACCUGCAGGGGGCUCUAAGCAUGCCCAACACAGACGAGGCAGUGGAUCAUCUACAGUCCCAGAGGCUAAAAGCCCACUCUCCUGAUAAGAGGCUUGUGUUGGUGCUGCACUGUGAAUUCUCCUCCGAAAGAGUACCCAGAACGUGAGACAUGCAUACCUUUUCAUCACGUCGACCUGUGUGUGUUUUCGUGUGUGUGUGUGUGUGUGUGUGUGUGUCAAAUCUGCAGAAUGCUUAUUAUCUGCUUCAUACUCCUGACCAGAAAUGUGUUUUUUUCUGCAUGUAUUCCAUUUGAGAUUAAGUCCCUCCUCAUGAGAGCGUGUUUCUCUCAUUCUGUAGGUGUCGCCUCCUGCGCAGUGUGGACCGCAGCAUGAACAAGUACCCAGCCCUGCACUACCCUGAGCUCUACAUCCUGAAGGGUGGCUACAGAGACUUCUAUCACUCUCACAUAGACUCUGGGCUGUUGGGCUAG